UACACAGGAUAUGGAGGGCCAAACAAGCUACUUGAGUCUUGCACUAUUAGGUUUCCUUCAGCUGGCCUCUACUAUCGACACCUCCACCGGUGUACCCAAAGAGAACCCAGCAAAGGAAAUGAUUCAAGUCGGGCUAAUUUUCAGCAUGAACUCAACCAUCGGGAAGGUGGUGAAGAGUUGUAUAUCCAUGGCGUGCUCUGAUUUCUAUGAUGCGCACCCUAACUACCGUACCCGAUUGUCGCUUCUCACCAAAGAUCCAAAGGAUGAUGUCGUCGAUGCGGCAUCGGCAGUUUGGGACUUGAUGGAGAAUGGAGAAGUCCAUGCAAUCCUAGGCCCACAAUGGUCCUCACAAGCCAAAUUUGUAGUCGACUUAGGAGCAAACGCUCAAGUCCCAAUCAUAUCCUUCUCAGCCACUAGUCCAUCCCUUUCUCCCAGACAAAGACGCUACUUCGUUCGGACAGCCUAUGAUGACAGUUCACAAGUUGGUGCUUUAGCGGCUAUUGUUCAAGCUUAUGGUUGGAAAGAAAUAACUCUCGUUUAUGAAGGCACUGAUUAUGGCAACGGCUUGGUUCCAUACCUUGUCGACGCGUUCCAAGAGGUCGAUGCUCGGAUCUCUUACAGAAGCGUUAUUCCUCCAUCUCCGAAAGAUAUCGACAUCAUACAAGAGCUCAAUAAGUUGUUGGUGAUGCAGACUAGAGUGUUUCUUGUUCAUAUGACUGCAGUGAUUGGGUCUAGGUUCUUUGUUCUGGCAAGUAAUGCUAAAAUGAUGAGCAAGGAAUUUGCGUGGAUCGUCACCGAUGGCUUGUCGUCUUUACUAGACCCGGUCAGUUCUGAGGCUUUGGGCUCGCUGCAAGGUGUACUAGGUGUAAGGCCGCAUGUACCACCAUCGGAGUCUCGUAGAGAUUUCGAAGAGAGAUGGACAAAGCUUUAUUCCGAUAGAAAUUCACAUGACGAGAUUGCUGAUCUCAAUCUCUUUGGCUUAUGGGCAUAUGACACCGUUACAGCACUAGCAAUAGCAGGAGAGAUGGCAUGGGAGCCUGCAAAGUCUAGAUACUUAAAGACGAAUACGAGCAGAAACAAUCUCAACUUUUCGUCUAUCGGGAUAUCGGAGAUCGGCCCAAAAUUGUUCGACAAAAUUCUAAGCAUCAAAUUUCAAGGUGUCGGCGGAGAAUUUAACUUGCCCAACGGGCAACUUCAGCCCAUUGCAUUCGAAAUCUUUAAUGUUGUAGGACAGACAGAGAAAAUCAUCGGAUAUUUGACCUCGGCGCAAGGACUUUCACCCGAAUUGAACCCAUCACCGAAGGCAGAGUAUCCAGCUUCGGCCAACGAUUUGAAGCCUCCCACUUGGCCAGGAGAUACAUUAAAGCCACCGAAAGGUUGGGUGAUGCCGAUAUCAGGACAGAAUCUAAGGAUUGGGGUUCCGAAGAAAGACGGCUUUGGCGAGUUCUUCCAAAUAGAGUGGGAUCCGCAUACAGGAGUGCCCAGCUACUCAGGAUUCGCCCAUGACAUGUUUCUGGCAGUACUGGACGCAUUGCCUUUUGCCAUUCCUCACCAGUACGUUCCUUCCGUGAAUGAGAGUAGGCAAAGUGCAGGAACCUACGACGAUAUGUUGUCCGAAAUUAGACUUCAGAGAGUCGAUGCGGUUGUAGGAGACACGACCAUAGUCGCCAAUCGCUCGUCCUACAUUGAUUUUACGCUUCCCUACUCAGAAUCUGGUGUAGCAAUGGUAGUUGCCAUUAAGGAUGAUGAGCGGAGGAACAUGUGGAUCUUCUUAAAACCAUUGAGUUGGAAUCUCUGGUUAACGAUCUGUGUGGCCUUCAUUUCUACUGGGUUCGUCGUUUGGCUCCUUGAACAUCGUACAAAUGAAGAAUUUAGGGGUCGUCGUCGUCAACAACUCAGUGUAAUAUUCUGGUUUUCCUUCUCCACACUGGUGUUUGCCCAUAGAGAGAAGAUUGCAAACAAUUUGACAAGGCUUGUGCUCAUCGUAUGGGUAUUUGUGGUGCUUAUCCUGACUCAGAGUUACACUGCAAAUUUAGCUUCAUUUUUAACCGUGCAACGUAUGACGCCGAAGUUUGUGGACGUGCAAGACUUGAUAAGGGAUCGUCACUUCGUCGGAUAUCAGAAAGGAUCUUUCGUGAGAGGACUUCUCGUGGGACAGCUCAAGUUUGAUGAGUCCAAAUUGAUUCCUUAUGGUUCGCCAGAGGAAUACCACAAGGCACUUUCGAAGGGGAGCGAAAAAGGAGGAGUUGCGGCAAUCUUUGAUGAAUUGCCUUACAUACAACUCUUCCUUGCCAGAUACUGCAACAAGUACAGAAUGGUGGGACCAACCUAUAAAGCCGACGGGCUCGCCUUUGCCUUUCCAUUGGGGUCCCCUUUGGUCUCCUACAUUUCAAGGGCAAUCUUGAAAGUCACUCAAGAUAAAGCCAAAAUGGACGCAAUCGAAGGAAGAUACCUCCGAGGUCAAAGCUGGUGCCAAGAACAAGAUGCUACGAUCUUUUCAGACCAUCUUAGCCUGAGUGUGUACAGUUUCGGAGGGCUCUUCAUCAUCACCGGCGUCAUCUCAGUAUCUUCCGUAUUGAUAUAUGUGGUUCUAUUCUUCCAAUCCCAUUGGCAUUCUUCGAGCGCGAUUCAUCCUGGUGAUUGCUCCCUUUGGUCCAAGUUUUUGGAAACUGCAAACAUCUUCUUUCGAGAGCACCGGUUAAUUGGUUUUCUGUGGAAAAUUGGAUCUAGGAUAGCUCCGACGUCACAAUUGCGAAGUAUGGAAGCUUCCACGAAUAAUGAUGUUGGAGUGAUUGCAAGGACACCAAAUGAAGGAGAGAGGCCAAUACUGAUUAUACACGUUUGAGUUAUGAAGACCAAUUUUAAGAGAGGCUCAUCGAGCAUGACAACGAUUUAUCACAUCUAGCUAUUUAUAUACUUAUUAGCAAUAAACGGUGAAUUUUUAGUUUGAUA